UCAGUCACCUUAGAUGAUUGGUCUGAUGAAGAAAUUGAAUCCAUGAUUGAGGUUGGUGGAAAUUCUUCUGCUAAUUCAGUCUACGAGGCUUUUAUACCUGAUGGGAUCACAAAGCCUGGAGCAGAUUCAAGUCAUGAACAACGUUCCAAGUUCAUCAGGUCAAAGUAUGAGCUUCAGGAAUUUCUUAAACCAAGCUUGCGGAUCGUUUCAUUGAAUACUGGAAGGAACUCUCUCGAAACUACUAUCCCCGGAAAGAUUAUGGACACCUUCCACUUAAACUUGUUCUCUUAUUAAUUUGGAAUGGUUAGAGGUCUUCUCCUGAUUAUUGUGUCAUGUAUCUAUAUUAUUAAAAGUCUUGAGUGUGUGGAUUGUCUAUUUGAAAUACUUGUGAUUG